AAGUAGUUACUCCUAUUACACUUAUGAAUUUUCCCAGCAAAAAGCGCCACAACUAAAGUUUGAAAUCACAAUCCCCCGCCAAACCAAAUACUGCUCAAUUUCUCAUUCUUUGUCCCCCAAUCUCCCAUUAUUGAAGCAGCGGAACAAUGGAGAGUGGAAUGAUAUCAGUGGAUCGUUGGAGCAGGGGAAGCCAAGUCUACUUCCUAACUCACCUUCACGCCGACCAUGUGCGUGGACUCACUCCGAACUGGACACGUGGACCCCUUUACUGCUCACGUAUUACUGCUAAGCUCUUUCCUAUCAAAUUCCCAGGCUUCGACCUCUCUCUCCUUCGCAUUGUUGAAAUUGGUCACUGGCACUCUGUUUCUCUACUGUCUCCUUCCUCUGGUUCUUCCACUACUGUCUAUUUCAUGGCCAUCGAUGCUCAUCAUUGCCCUGGAGCAAUGAUGUAUCUGUUUCGUGGUGAAUUUGGCUGCACGCUCUAUACUGGGGAUUUUCGUUGGGAGAGCACAAGUGAGAGAGCACAAAAUGGAAGGACCAUGCUGCUUAAUGCUCUGAAGGAUUUACAGCUUGACAUGCUUUACUUGGAUAAUACUUACUGUAACCCUACAUACUCAUUUCCUUCUCGUGAAGUUGCGGCUAGACAGGUUUUAAGCAUCAUAUCUAGUCAUCCUAAUCAUGAUAUUGUCAUUGCUGUUGACACACUGGGGAAAGAAAAUCUUCUGCUGCACAUAUCACGUGUCCUGAAAACAAAGAUUUGGGUGUGGCCAGAACGCUUACAAAUUAUGCAUCUUCUUGGGUUCCAUGACAUCUUUACAACUAAAACUUCAGUAACAAGGAUUCGUGCUGUUCCUCGUUAUAGUUUUAACAUUGAAACUCUGGAGGGACUGAAUACAAUACGUCCAACCAUAGGGAUCAUGCCAUCUGGUCUCCCAUGGGCACAAAAAUCUGCCAGAGGGAAGGGCAACUUUUCGUUUACAUGGCACACAGAUAUUACCACCCCCAUUAGCACAAGCAAGACAAAUGGAGGUUCAUUAACUGCAGGGAGUUAUGAUAAGUACAUAUAUACAGUUCCAUAUUCUGAUCACUCAUGCUUUCCUGAGUUACAAAAAUUUGUCGAGUUUCUCAAGCCAAUUAAUAUCAAAGGCAUUGUAUCUUCAUCUACUUCUUAUGUGGAACCCCUUUACCACUUUGGACACCUUUGUCGGACUCAGCAAGCGUCAGAGUUCUUAUUUCAGAAGCUGAGAAGUAAAGGAUGUGAAAAAGUUGAAGUUAUUCAUGCAAAGUCUCCCUUUGGAGACACCGGUACAGUGCCAUUAUGGAGGAAAAGGAGAAUAAGACAAUUUUUUGGUACAAGUAAUCAUGUUAGUAGGGUGAGGUUGUUGAGAAGAGAGAGGCAAGGAGUAAAGAUUGUGGACAGAGAUCCUGAUUAACCUUCUACAUGUCCUUUUUUAUUUUUUAUUUUUAAUAUACACAGGUUCUGAAGUUAUUCCAUUGUGUGUAAUGAUGUUGAACUUCCUUCCACCAUAACAGAGACAGUAGAAGCAGAAAAAGAAUCUUUGCUUAGAUUAUGGUUUGUAUGUCUAGAUCUUCUGGAGAAUUUGAAGAGCUCAAGAGAUCAUUUUCUUACUUGGUCUCCACAUACAUGACUCAUAUUACUCUGCAAAUCUUUUCUUAAGGCUUGUAGACAAGUAAAUAUCAUUGUAUUUUGUGUUAACAUGAAUUAUUCUUUUUGUACAAAUGAGAUGUCCUUGAAGAAUUCUGGGCAAAUUAUACUCUUUGAUCCGUCCUGUUUGUUAUGAACAUUCAAUUGCUUUGUAUGUAAGAUUAGAUUGCAUAAUUUGCUACUGGCCUCCAAAACACUUGUGGGGGAGAGUCUAUAUUCACUCAAAGGUAUUGUUACUUGCUUCAAAAUUUUCUUUGAUAGGUUGCCUCAAAGAUAAUUCACACAUUGGAAUCUGACUUUCUAUUUCUUUUUGAUAAUUUAUGCUCGUAUUCAGCAAUUCCUUCAU